AUGGAAACCGACUUUUCCAAUAAUGAGCGAUGCAAAUUUUUUAUAAAAGUUAUGGAACUUUUAGAUAGUUGUAUUAAUGUUACGAUACCUAGAACAAAAUUAAGGUGCACUAACCAGGUUUUCAAAAGAAAUUUUACUGUAAAAUUCAUGCAGGAAUACGAGGUAGUGAUAUCUUUCCACACAUUUAAACACAAAGUUUACAAGCGCUACAGCCAAUUUCGGAAUCUCUGGAGCUCACUCCGAAACAACCCAAAUUCAGACGAAUAUUGGUCUCAACUUCCCAAAUUUCCUGAAAAGAAACUUCUUGGGAAAAAAAACCAUUCUUGCGUAGAAAUAAGAAGGAGAAACCUUGAGCUAUGAAUCGCCUCCUCCUUGAACUUCCCACAAACCUUCCAAGAAUUAGCCGAAUUUCUUGAAAUUCCGGAAAAAUUCCGUUCACUAAUUUUUGAGCGGAAUAAUUCAACAGCCUGCAAGUUCUCCCCUAUUGAGCUAUGUGUGGCAGCUUUUAUUAAACGGAUUGAGAAAUCGGAACACAAAAGACUCAAAGCUUUAGAGCAGUUUGAAAGAGAUUUCUUUAAUCAAAAACAAGAAAUUUCACCACCAGUUGCAAUUGUUUUGCUUACGAGGUUAAUGCCAUUGUGCGGGGUUCCAGGGAUAGGGUCAAAAGCAUUGGAUAUUUUGAACAAGUUGACAAGCUCAACGACAUUUAGGUAUUACCAAACAAUGAUUGAUUCAAUGAUGAGGAUUAAUAUGGACCUAUUUAGGGAAAUGAGAUUAAAUUUUCAUCUUACAAGAGUUUUCCAAGGAGACUCUGCAGAAUUAGCCCAACAGAUAUGUGGGAAAAUCAAAGAGCAGCUGGGAGAUAGUCAUUUAUUAAGUUAUAUUUUAAAUGAUGAUAGAGAUGCUAUAAUGGCGUUUGAAAAUUGGAAUGAGCAUACUUUCCAGCCUCAAAUGUCACCAAGAUCUGCAAGCGAUAAAACAAGCUCGUCUUGGAAAAAGCUAAACACAGAUGGAUACCCUGGAAAUUUAGAAUUCGCUUAUAGAAAAUCAGGAAAUUUGAUUGAAGCGAGAGCUGAGAUGGAAAUUAAUGCAUCAAUUGAUACAAUAAUAGAAAUCAUCACAGAAAAAAACCUUUAAUCCCCUCUUUUAAUUGGAAACAAAAUGAGUCUGAUCCUAUUUAUGGAGGGUUAAUUUUUUAAAAAAAAAUUAUAGCUCAUCCGCGAUAAUUGCAUCAUUGAAAUUUGGCUCUUUUGUUGCCAGAUUAGUUUUCACUUGUCACCCCUUUUUCUAUGUCACUUUUAUUUAACCCAAAGUUCGCCGCGAGAUUCCCACUUUUUAGGCAGGAUGAGAAGAGCCUUUUUAAUUGGAAAUUAUUAUUACUUAUCUUAUUUUCCUGAGCAUUAUACAAAUUAUAAGAAUUAUUUUUAAUUAUUUAAAAACAAAUUAUAUAAAACUUGAUUAAACUAGUUUAAUACUUAUUUAUAAUCUGAAUAUUUCAAUAAAUAGUGAGGAUUCUUGCUUAAGAUGUAAAAGUUAUAAAGUCCGUUAGAACUGCUAUAUUUUCAUUGAUCUCGAAUAAAGAAUUUUAAAAAUAAAAAGCCAUCUUUUUGAAUUUAAAUUUAUUUAUGAAAAAUUAAUUCAAAAAAUUAACUGAUUCAGUGUAAAACAGUUGAAAUAGCAUUCUACUUGCAUUAUCUCCAUUAAAUUAGGUCGAGGCUUUAUAUAAAAAUUAGUAUAUUCACAUUAAAUUUUCGAUUAAAAUUUAAUCUAAUGUGUUAAUAUACCCAAAAAAAUGAAUAUUUUGCUCGAAUUUUAAAUGGGGAAGUCAGGAAAAAGUGGGAUUUAUUUAUAUCAACCUAUGAAGUUGUCGAAAAAAUUAAUGAUAAACAAUCAAUAGUUUUAAUAGUUUUCGUGUCAGAUAGAAAUGAAGUUAUGGACUUGUCAUUGCUGAGAACAAUCAGCUAUGAGCCCGGACAUGCAACAGUCCUCUAUAGCUCCAUUGAUCACCCUAAAAUUCCAUUGCAUCCUAACCAUAAAAGAGUUACGUGCAGUGAAAGCAGAUAUGAUAUUUAUUUAUUAAAGGGUCAAAAACUUAGGUCGAAAACUGACAGCACAGAUGAGUCAGCAAGUCCUGAACUAAAAGUUAAGGACGAAGAUGAGUUUAAGCCAAAAUGCAAACUCGUUUACACAAAUUAUUUGACAAGUGAUAUGACUAGGUUCCUUUGUAGUGAAUUUAUUGAAGAAACAAAUUAUAUUAAGGAAGCAUGAAAAAACAUGAAAAAAGUAGCUGAAAAUGAAGAAGAGUCAACACCAGAUUUGGCUCAGAGAUCAAAGGAAAAUGUCAUAUUUGGAGCUCUACUUAAAAAGACAGGACCGACAAAGAGUGUGCAUGAAGAAGCUAACACUUUUAAUGAGUAA